CGUCAUCAGCAUUUUACUCCACCAUGUCAUCUCCUCCACUAUAUUUAUAUGUAUAUAUAUACUCCCAACUUCUCUCACUCCCUUUGUUUCCUCCUAUUUCCACUCAUAACAAAACCACUUAGCAUAACGGAUUUUGACUCGCGAUGGGAGAGAAAAAGAGUGGUAACAAGAAAGGAGGAGAUGGAGAUAAGAAGGAAAAGGGUUCCUUAACUGUUGUUUUCAAAGUUGACUGUCUUUGUGAAGGUUGUGCUUCCAAAAUCCUCAAAUGCGUUCGUGAAUUUGAAGGGGUGGAGACAGUGAAAACGGAGAGCAACUCAAGCAAAGUGACAGUGACAGGAGCUGUGGAUCCAACAGCCAUCAAAGAGAACAUCGUGAAGAAGUCUAAGAAGAAGGUUGACGUCAUUGCUCCUCAGCCUAAGAAAGAUGAUAACAAAGAAGACAAAAAAGAGAAAAAACCUGAGAAAGACAAAAACCAGCCUUCUGAUAAUAGUAAACAAGAGAAAAAACCCAAAGAGGCUCCGUUGACGACGGCGGAUUUGAAGGUGCAACUGAAAUGCCAGUGCCAGGGAUGCAUUCUAAAGAUUCGCAAAAUUAUCUCUGAAACCAAAGGGGUGCAGGAGUUGAAAGUAGACACGCAGAAGGAGCUGGUCACGGUUAAGGGGACUAUGGAUGUUAAGGCCUUGGCCGAGGUUUUGAAAGACAAACUCAAGAAGAAUGUUGAGAUUGUGCUACCUAAGAAAGAGAAAGAUGGCAACAAGGAGGGUGGCGACAAUGGUGCUGGUAGUGGAACUGGUGGUGGUGGUGGUGGUGGUGUGGGUGGCGGCGGGAAGAAGAAGAACAAAGGUGGCAAUGCUGGUGGAGAUGGUGGAAAUGAGGCUAAUGCUGUUCCUUCUGGCGGCGGCGGUGCUAAGGUGGAAGGCAACAGGAUGGAGUUUUUGGUUCAACCUGAAUAUGGAUAUGGAUACAUGCCAAGUUACCCUGGCUACAUGCCGAGUUAUCCUGGAUAUGGAUACCCGGGUUAUGGGUACGGAUACGGGCACCCACACCCGCAUGGUCAUGGGCAUUGUUACCCGGCCUAUGUUCCGAACUAUCCAGUGUUUGUUCACCCACCUCACCAGAUGUUUAAUGAUGAGAAUCCUAAUGCUUGUGCCAUUUUGUGAGGAUAAAUGGUGUUUAUGGUAUAGCUUAUCGGCUAAGUGGGAAGAUCUACUAGCACUCUCUAUGCCCAUCGAUAGACUGUUCAUUCACUCACCAACAGAAACAAAUGGGAAGAGCUCACUUGGAAACGAAAAUUUUGUGUUAAAACUUGGAGCUUUAAAACGUCUUUGAGUUCCCAUUACGUUGGUCUCUAGGGUUUUGAUGUUGUUAAAAAGGUUGAAUAUUGGCAUUUUUAAUGUGAUUAGUAGUAGUAUUUUGCUAUGUGGCCCAUUUUUUUUAUUUUGUUCUCCGUACUGUUUCUACUACUUAGUACUAUAACCUUUUGUGAUGUGGGGUUUGUAGGACUUGUCAUGUUUUAAUUUGCACAGCUGGAAAUUUCUA